AUGGUCCUCCAUGAUGAAGACUUCGUCGGCUAUUCCGCCGAAACGAAGGAAGACAAAAUGCAGAAGAAUCCAUGGCUUCAGUCUCUGAGAUCCAGAAAGCUGAUAGACUACAUUGUCGGCCAGGCUCGUCUUGUAGGCCUGAAUGAUGAAUUGAUCGGUACUUUCCACAUCGACAAGACGAAUCCGGGAAUUACAUGGACCAUGACAUUCUUCCACGAUUUCGAGAACCCAUUCAUCGAACUUGAAGCCCAGAUUCGAACUGCCAAUGAAGAUGGUCACUUCAACAGUCAUUGGCCUUCUCAAGAAGCAUCUUUUAAAAUCUUCCGUGAAAACAUCAAAGGCUUCGAGGUUAGAAAAGUGAUUAUGGAUGAAGACAGUGACAAGGAUCCUGGUCCUCUUCCUUCUAUUCGUGACCGUAUGACCCAUCCGAAUGACCAAAGUCUACUUAUCGCCCCCGCCAGUCUCAUCGAGAAUCAACCUGAAUACAUCGAGAAUGGCCGGAUGUGGUGUUUGUUGAUUCAUCUCGCCAAAGAGAGCGAGGUGUCCCGUCAAGGCGCCGGCCUUUUUUGCGAACGUGACUAUGGUGGACUGACGAACACGAUGAUCAACAUUCGAGAUCACUUGCAUGAAACUGAGGCCCUCUGUAUGUUUGUCCAGACCAACGUGCUUGAAAGUCGCCUCAAGGAUAUCAUCGCUGGUUUCGAAAGUCAAGUAAUUCAUCCUUAUGGGCCCUUCUUCGGUGAUCAUCCAACAAAGCCAUUUCUCCAAAUUGGUCAACUCAAUCUCAGCCCACCUCGGGUCACAUCCCAGGCGACUCUGUCAUUCCACGAUAUCGAUGAGUACAUCGUGAAGGCUGGUUACGGGACGGUUAUUGAAAAUAGUCAGGAGCAGCAAUUCAUUGGUGUUGGAGAGGCCAUCCAGUGCGACUUGGUUACAGUACUGCCUCCUGGAGUCUCUACCGACAGCCCUCCAAAUGAACUGUUGGGCUUUCUGACUAUGCCGGAAGGAUACUCAAUUCCUCAACCUGGUGAAAAGUUCUCUCUCUUGUUCUCGAAAUUCGUCGCCGCCAUUCCUCAGGUUUCAUGGGAUGUUCAAGAGCAAACCUCCACUUUUCACGGUUCGCCUCAGCGCAAGACUACGGAAGACUGGGGGCGGGGGGAGGUCACUAACACGAACGACUGGCGAGAUGUCACUACUACAGACAAUGUCCCUCAUCCAAAGUUCAAUCCUGUGGAGGCCUUGAAGCAUGCUGAUCUCCACGGAGAGCCUACCGUCACCGAGGAACAGCACCAGACUCAAUCUCCCCCCGAAUCCGACAGCGGCAUGCCCCGGGACGCUGAGGAAUAUUCAUGGGAACAUGGUUGGCGAUGUACAGUAUUGACACCCGCUCCAUUUUCACCGGACAGCACGGUGACGAUCUAUAUGCGCUGUAGCUUGGACGAGGAGACCAACCAGCCAUUUAUCCCUGAAGAAGGUCAUGCACCGCGACCAAUUACCCCGAAGACCAACGACCCAAAAUUCGACUUCCACGAUGUCUUAUCUAAAGAGCAACCCCACGAAUGUCUAAUCAACAGAACCUGUAGCCAGAAGCCAUACAGACAGCAGAUUUCGGCUUGCCAUGCAUUAGUCAAAUGGGGAGGCUCUAUUCACCCGACCUUACUCGCAAACAAUGCCAUGAGGUUGCCAGAAGUGAACGUCUACCAGUCGAUCACUCCUGAAAACUUGGUUGAGUACGCAAAUCGGGUCAAAGAGGAUAAAUCGAUGAACAAAGAACAGAUUUCUUGUUUUGAGAAGUUCCAGAAGCUCCGGGGUCCGAUCGGGGUUGUACAAGGGCCACCUGGAACAGGCAAGACUUUCACACUGGUGAAAUGUGCGUUGCCUUUCCUUCUCUACCCCAAGAAGGAUGUGAGCCCAAAUGAAACUUCUGAAGCGCCUGAACGCAGUAAGAUCCCUGAUGCAAAGCGCACUCGCCCUGCUCGACAUCAAGUUCUUCUAGUUGCUCCGACUAAUGGCGCCGCCGACCACCUUGCCCAGUCAAUGAAUGAAACCAUCAAGAAGCAUUCAGAUGAAUUCAGCAGCGGGAUACCCAAAGUUGUCCGGGUUUAUCCUAUUCAUGCAGAGAAGGACUCCUACGAUAAACCUGAUGCAGCUCUCCAUUCCAUUGAUGAAGCGACCGUGACCAAUGCAGAUGUCGAGCAAGCUCUGCAGACUGAGAUGGUGUACAAGCUGUUUAUGGAUUACUACGCCGAGAACAAGCCUAGUCGUCCAGGAACCAGAAGCUCAGAUUCGCGCAUCACUUUGCACGAGUUGAGUCUUGGCCAUCAGAUCAUUGAGUUCGCUCAGAAUGACGCGAGGUGGGACCCAUGGCUCGAGGAUCGCGAUCGAUUGGCGAAUGGAAACCUCGAUAGUCAGCAGAAGCUAGACUAUAUGGCAUAUGGGAAAUACAUGCUGCAACAAGUGCUCGCGGACUCAGACAUCGUUGUCUGUACCUUAUUCUCGGCUGGUCAACACAUUAUCCGCGAAGCCAUCAGUCCCGACGCCAUUUUCAUUGACGAAGCCGCUAUGACGAAGGAAACCGACCUUUGGCCCCUGUACACCUUCUACACUUCUGUUCCACUAUUGCUAUUCGGUGAUCAUAAUCAAUUGCAGUCGGUCGUUAAAAGUAACCCGGAAUCAAAUCAAUUCUACACGCAAUUGCGAGUGUCGCCGUUCGCUCGCUUCGUGUAUGCCGGCUUUCUCGUGGAGCUUCUUCGUGAACAGCACCGCAUGGCUCCUGACAUCUCUGCUAUCGUGAACCGGAUCUUCUACGCCAAUCAACUUCGUGAUGCGCAAGAAGUCACUCUCCUACACAACAAAAUGGCUCAGAAAAUCAGGGAGUGGAACAAAACUGACUGCAUAUCCUGUGAGUCGAACGCCAUCUUUGUGGAUGUCCGUGAUGCAAUUCCCGAGAAGAUGGGGUACUCCAUCUUUAACAAGAAGUUUGCGGAACAGGGCAUCAUCCUCUGUCGAGCAUUGCUUUGCGCAGGUCUCGUCAACCCGAAAGACAUCGUGUUCCUGACCCCGUAUGAAGCCCAAUACCGCCUUUAUCAACGGCUGCUGGUCCAGGCUCACGUGCAAUCUCCACAGCGUGGUUUCAAUCAGGUUGAUGUGCGUAAGGUGGGUUCUUUCCAGGGUCAAGAAAGUCCAGUCGUGAUCCUCGAUGUUACGUUCACUGAGAAGCUCGGGUUCAUGUCCGUUUCGAACAGAUGGAAUGUGGCGCUCAGCCGAGCUCGCAACGCACUAUAUGUCCUUUGCGACCGUUCGGGUAUCCGUAAAAAGGGCAGUCGUAUUUACAGUGUUGCCGAGCUAAUCAGAAUCAUCGAUAACAAGAAGCUGUGGGUCGAAUCACUGCAGCAGCUGAGGGAAGCGCGGCGCGGAACUAGCAAGGGAACCAAGGGCAUGGGGGAAAAAAAGUCGAAAUCGAGGAAGGGGAAACCGCCGAUGAACCGACAAGCGCCUUUGGGAAGAUUCCUUUUCGGUUCAUUGAAUAGGGCGAGGUCUCUGAAUGUAGAGCCGUGCAUAAAUGUCCACCAGUACGGAGUACAGAUGAUUUCUGUCCGAGACCAUUGCAUCAAGGAAUUUUCAAGUCGCACCUACAGCUACGUGCAACUUCCACGCUUCGGCAAAUCCUUCCUGGCUGCCACUGGAGCUCCGAUCAAGAGAGUUCUGCGCCUGAUAAUGCAGCUAGCAGCACGUUUAUUCUUUGACUGGAGCCCGCCCUCAGUUGAGCUGUUCUCUCUAACACACUUUCACAAGGGUCGCGCUGAACGAUUCCAGACUACCACACCCUCCGUCAACGAGUUCUUCAAGGCUAUGAUGUCUUCUAGCGACAUGAACAAAAGCGAUUUCUGGGAGCUUCGAUGA